AUGGAUGGUUAUUGGGGGAUCUGGAAUAAAUCGCCACCGCUGUGUGUUACCGUUAUGUGCGGUAGAUUUGAUAUUAUAGUCGAAAUUCUUCUUUUAUCUCCCACGAUUAAGAUUGAAUUGGUACUAGGUAUGGCGGUUAAACUUGGCUAUAUCUGGAUCAGACGUUAUAUUGAUGUGAAUCUCUACGACUUUGAUAGAUGCACGCCUCUGUGGUGGGUGGUUAAAAGAGGAUACUUGGAUAUUGUGGUACAAUUGGUCAAUGAUAGUCGGACAGUGUUUAAUAGUAGAAUAUAUCGAUGUCCACGAGACGAAGUAAAGUUUUGGGGAUACUCAGAUAUUGCUAAUCUUUUAACUUAUGUUAUAGAUAAGAAGAAUCUACUUACUUUUUUGAAUUAG